GCUUAGUGUAUGUAAUGAAGAUGUAAAUUAUUGUCCUCUGUAACAAAGAUAAUGCUAUGUGGCUUUAACUAACUAUAAUGUAAGCAUCAGCCAUUACAAUGGACUUUAGCCAUGUUUUUGUUUUAAUAUUUUGUGUUUUGGGUACGAACGGUGUCCGCGGUUCAGAUUUUUGCUACAGCUGUAUGGGCAUGACCAACAGGAACGAAUGUCAGCAAAUAAAGGAGUGCCAGCAAAAUCAAUAUUGCUUGCUCCAACGCGUCAGCGAUGGGAUCAGUGUCACCUACAACAUAGGUUGCAGCGAUCAAACGGUAUGUCCGGCGUCUAAUAAAGGAGAAAUACUAAUUAUCGGACGCAGUGUCAGUUCGGACAACUCAGAUUGUACUUCGUGUUGCCAUGAUGACUUGUGUAUACCCAACGACUGCAGCCUGAUCAUGGAUACCACUACGGUGGAAACAGCUGUAACAGCAACAGUAACUACAGCAGCAACGACACCAUUUGCAAAAACUUCAACAACAUCUGUGGUGGAAACAGGCAGCGCGUGGAGCGAUUGGUCCCCGUGGACGCCAUGCCCGUAUACGUGCGGACAUGACGGGAUACAGCAUCGGUUCCGGCACUGCACGGUGACCGCCUUCGGGUGCGAGGGACCGAAGUUCGAGUCUAAGAUAUGCCACAGCCGCGUCUGUUGUACAGGUCCCCCUUUCAUCACAUAUAUUGACCACGACAAGCAGAUACCGGUCGGUGGGUUCCUGUCUCUCUACUGCAAUGCAACGAACGCCGAUCAAAUCCUCUGGCAGAUACCUAAGGUCGUCGGCAAGCCGUAUCCAAUCAAUGUAUUCCGACCCGUCGGUCUCGACACUGUGGUGAUUUCCAACGCCUUCGCAGACAAUCGUGGUGCGUACGUGUGCACAGCAAGAAACGCUUGCGGCGAGGAUCAGAGCUCGCUUAUGGUCGAUGUAAUAUAAGAAAACGUACACUACAUAUUGGAUCUCAUAAAAGACAUUUUCUACAAUUUUAAGUUACAACUGAUUUGGGUUGUUUAAAAUAUUUUGACAUCAGUAAGAUACCAAUUAAAUCAAUACAAUUAUGCAA